CACUCUUCACAGGAAAGGAAAAGAAAAACAAACGAUCCGAUAUUACACUGCCCCUCGUGCGCCCACCCGGAGCCGCGAUCUCACGGUCGCUCUCGCCCCGCACCAGCACCAUGGACUACGCCGCAGCCGCUCCUCACGCCGCCGCCGCGGCGGUGCCACCGGUCGCCGAUCCCCACCUCGCGCACUACCCCCACCCCUACGCCGCCUACCCUUACCCCUUCGGCGCCUACCACCAACCCGCCCCGGCCACGGAUCCCUCCGCCGCUGCCGUCGCCGCCUCGUCGUCCUACUACUACCCUAUUCCUGCCACGGCGCCGGCCGCUGAUGCAGCAUCGUACGACCCCUACGCGUCGUACCAGUACUAUGCUCCCCCGGCGGGUGCCGCGGGAGCGGGCGGCGGGGCGGCCCUGGCGGGUUACUACUUCACCGCCGGGGAGGCGUCUCAGCAUGCCGCGGCUGCGUCCGCGACGCAGGCUGCUCCGGCGGUAUCGGAAUCGACCAGGAAAGAGGCGGGGAAGCACUUCGGGUUCGAUCCCCAGCGCUACGCGCAGGCAGCAGCCACAAGAGCUUCCAAUGGAAUGACACCACUUACAGCCCCAGGCAUGCACCAUGUUCAGUGGAAUGCCCAUUUUGGUCAUCCUCCACCAAAGAAUAUUCUGAGGAAACACAUAAAGAAAAAGCCGAAGGUCGUGCAACCAGCAACUUGUGAAGUCUGCAAGAUCCAGUGCGAUACCCUAGAGGUUCUCAUGAUCCAUAAGCAGGGGAAGAAGCACAAGAAAAACUUGGAGAAGUUGCAAGACUCCAUCACCCCUAAACCAGUAAAGCCCCCAAGUAACGCCAUUGGACCAACUAUGGCACCUGCUGCUGUCACUAACUGUACGGUACCAUCUGUACAGCCAAAGAAGAAGAGCUCCUCUGCGGCAAGCCCGGAAGAACUGGAGGUGAAGAAGAGGCGAGUGCUUGAGGCUGGAGCAGCUCAAGGCGAAGUGAAAAUCUGCACGGUGUGCAAUGUUGUCGUUAACAGCCAAAAAGUUUACGAGUUUCACAUAGCUGGGCAGAAGCACCAGGCCAUGGUACAGAAGCAGCGACCACUAGCAAUUGUAACCUGAGAUGGAGCAACUUCGCACGCUCAAUUUUUCUCCAGCCUACUGUCAUCUUGUCCAGAAGUUCACAUGAACCAGUAUUCACAACAUUUUAUAUCUUCUACUGUGUUAGUAGAUAUUGUUCACCGAUCUCUUUGUUUACUCCUUGUAGCGUAGCAGAAAAUUCUAGUUUGUUUGGACUUUGCGUGCCGCAGAUAAUUAGUUGAAACCUGGGACUGAAGUUUGUAUUGUA